AUGACUGAUAGAAAAGCGUGGAAUUAAAAAGAAGAUCUAGCCAUUCUUCACUUAGUAAAGCAAUAUGGGAUUAAGAAAUGGACAACUGUGGCUGAAAAAAUGAAAGAAAUAUAUGGUUUAUUUGGUCGAUCUGGUAAAUAAUGCAGAGAAAGAUAUCAUAAUCAUUUGGACCCAACAAUCAAUAAAGAUCCUUGGAGUGAAAAUGAAGAGAAAAUAAUCUUUCUGGCACAUAGAGAACAUGGAAACAAAUGGGCAGAAAUCGCAAAAUUGCUUCCAGGUCGAACGGAUAAUGCAAUUAAAAAUCAUUUUUAUUCAACCUUAAGAAGAAGUUUAAGACGCAUAAAUAAAAUGAUUGGCGAUAAAAACAGUAAUCAACGUAAAUAAAUAUUUAGCAAAGAAAAGUGUACCCAAUAGAUCAAGGACAUAAAGCCAGGUGUUUUGUCCAAGAUCUUCAUACUAGCUGAAAAAAAUCCAUCUGAACUGAAGGAUGAUCAUAUGAAAAAGUUAUGUUUAGCUUGCAAAGGAUUAUAAGAUUCCAUACUUGAAUUUGCAUAAUCUAAACAAAAAUCAUUAAUUAUCCAAUUCAAUGAGGAAAAAUUCAAAUAAUUGAUAGAGAAAAUUAUGGAUUUUAACGGACUUUAUACUAGACAAAGGGAAAAUAAAUUAAAAUCAAGAAAAUUGAAUUUAAAGAAAAGAAAAAAUAUUAUUGAAGAUGAUGAUGAAGAGGAUGACUCGUAUUCUAGUUUUUAUAAAAUGGGUGACAAUAGUGUGUAAAUUCCAAUAAAGAGAUCAAUUCGUUAGAGUUCAAGAAAAAAAAUUAAAUUUAAUGACGAAGAUGAUCUUGAUAUGAUUAUAAGGACUAAGUAGGGUCCAGUCUUUAAAAUAAUCUAUGAUAGAUUUUAAUUUUAAUCAGAUGAAAAUGAAUCUUCAUAAAAUUGUUAUCAAGAAUCUUAAAAUUCAAUUUAGAGUGUAUAGAACUAAAUUUCAGAUCAAAUAAUAAAGAGUACUUCUUAAAAAUCAAUUUCGAAAGAACAGUAAAAUGAAACAUAUCUUAAAGAGACUAUCAAUAAUAAUUCUAGUUUCACACCUAUCAUUUUGAUAAAACCUGUGAUUUAUAAUUAAGACUAUGAUCAAUAUUUAGAAAAGCUUAAAUAAGACAUAGAUGCAAACUCUUAAAAAUAUCUUUAAGGAGAUGAUCUUAAUUUAGAUAUCAAUAUUGAUUUUGCAGAAGCAACUAAAGAUUUUACUAAAUCAUCUAGCUCUAAAUUUGGAUACACUCAAAGUGCAUUUAAAAAAUACAAGAAAGAUCUAGAUUUAGAUAAUUUCUUAGUAACACCUAAUAAUAAUAAAUGA